CUGGCGCUGCGCUCCGCCCCGGCUGCAUUGCUGCGCUCCCGUGCCCAAGGGAGCCACGCGCCGCGUGCGCCCGGCAGCCGGCCGCCCGGAGGCAGCGCAGUCCGCUGGCAUGGGCCCCGGGGGCGCCCCGAGCUGGGGCUCCGGGCUGAGGCGCUAAAGCCGCCCUCCCGCCCGCGGGGCCCCGCGCCCGGCCCGCCCGCCCGCGGCCAUGGCCGUCCGGCCCGGCCUGUGGCCAGCACUCCUGGGCAUAGUCCUCGCCGCCUGGCUCCGCGGCUCGGGUGCCCAGCAGAGUGCCACCGUGGCCAACCCAGUGCCUGGUGCCAACCCGGACCUGCUUCCCCACUUCCUGGUGGAGCCCGAGGACGUGUACAUCGUCAAGAACAAGCCAGUGCUGCUGGUGUGCAAGGCUGUGCCCGCCACGCAGAUCUUCUUCAAGUGCAAUGGGGAGUGGGUGCGCCAGGUGGACCACGUGAUCGAGCGCAGCACGGAUGGGAGCAGCGGGCUGCCCACCAUGGAGGUCCGCAUUAAUGUCUCAAGGCAGCAGGUGGAGAAGGUGUUCGGGCUGGAGGAAUACUGGUGCCAGUGUGUGGCAUGGAGCUCCUCGGGCACCACCAAGAGUCAGAAGGCCUACAUCCGCAUAGCCUAUUUGCGCAAGAACUUCGAGCAGGAGCCACUGGCCAAGGAGGUGUCCCUGGAGCAGGGCAUCGUGCUGCCCUGCCGUCCACCGGAGGGCAUCCCUCCAGCCGAGGUGGAGUGGCUCCGGAACGAGGACCUGGUGGACCCAUCCCUGGACCCCAAUGUAUACAUCACACGGGAGCACAGCCUGGUGGUGCGACAGGCCCGCCUUGCUGACACGGCCAACUACACCUGCGUGGCCAAGAACAUCGUGGCACGUCGCCGCAGCGCCUCUGCUGCUGUCAUCGUCUACGUGAACGGUGGGUGGUCGACGUGGACCGAGUGGUCCGUCUGCAGCGCCAGCUGUGGGCGCGGCUGGCAGAAACGGAGCCGGAGCUGCACCAACCCGGCGCCUCUCAACGGGGGCGCUUUCUGUGAGGGGCAGAAUGUCCAGAAAACAGCCUGCGCCACCCUGUGCCCAGUGGACGGCAGCUGGAGCCCGUGGAACAAGUGGUCGGCCUGUGGGCUGGACUGUACCCACUGGCGGAGCCGUGAGUGCUCUGACCCAGCACCCCGCAACGGAGGGGAGGAGUGCCAGGGCGCUGACCUGGACACCCGCAACUGUACCAGUGACCUCUGUGUACACACUGCUUCUGGCCCUGAGGACGUGGCCCUCUAUGUGGGCCUCAUCGCCGUGGCUGUCUGCCUGGUCCUGCUGCUGCUUGUCCUCAUCCUCAUUUAUUGCCGGAAGAAGGAGGGGCUGGACUCGGAUGUGGCUGACUCGUCCAUUCUCACCUCAGGCUUCCAGCCAGUCAGCAUCAAGCCCAGCAAAGCAGACAACCCCCAUCUGCUCACCAUCCAGCCGGACCUCAGCACCACCACCACCACCUACCAGGGCAGUCUCUGUCCCCGGCAGGACGGGCCCAGCCCCAAGUUCCAGCUCACCAAUGGGCACCUGCUCAGCCCCCUGGGUGGUGGCCGCCACACACUGCACCACAGCUCUCCCACCUCUGAGGCCGAGGAGUUCGUCUCCCGCCUCUCCACCCAGAACUACUUCCGCUCCCUGCCCCGAGGCACCAGCAACAUGACCUAUGGGACCUUCAACUUCCUCGGGGGCCGGCUGAUGAUCCCUAAUACAGGAAUCAGCCUCCUCAUCCCCCCAGAUGCCAUACCCCGAGGGAAGAUCUAUGAGAUCUACCUCACGCUGCACAAGCCGGAAGACGUGAGGUUGCCCCUAGCUGGCUGUCAGACCCUGCUGAGUCCCAUCGUUAGCUGCGGACCCCCUGGCGUCCUCCUCACCCGGCCAGUCAUCCUGGCUAUGGACCACUGUGGGGAGCCCAGCCCUGACAGCUGGAGCCUGCGCCUCAAAAAGCAGUCGUGCGAGGGCAGCUGGGAGGAUGUGCUGCACCUGGGCGAGGAGGCGCCCUCCCACCUCUACUACUGCCAGCUGGAGGCCAGUGCCUGCUACGUCUUCACCGAGCAGCUGGGCCGCUUUGCCCUGGUGGGAGAGGCCCUCAGUGUGGCUGCUGCCAAGCGCCUCAAGCUGCUUCUGUUUGCGCCGGUGGCCUGCACCUCCCUCGAGUACAACAUCCGGGUCUACUGCCUGCAUGACACCCAUGAUGCACUCAAGGAGGUGGUGCAGCUGGAGAAGCAGCUGGGCGGACAGCUGAUCCAGGAGCCACGGGUCCUGCACUUCAAGGACAGUUACCACAACCUGCGCCUGUCCAUCCACGACGUGCCCAGCUCCCUGUGGAAGAGUAAGCUCCUCGUCAGCUACCAGGAGAUCCCCUUUUAUCACAUCUGGAACGGCACGCAGCAGUACCUGCACUGCACCUUCACCCUGGAGCGUGUCAGCCCCAGCACUAGUGACCUGGCCUGCAAGCUGUGGGUGUGGCAGGUGGAGGGCGAUGGGCAGAGCUUCAACAUCAACUUCAACAUCACCAAGGACACAAGGUUUGCUGAGCUGCUGGCUGUGGAGAGUGAAGGGGGGGUCCCAGCCCUGGUGGGCCCCAGUGCCUUCAAGAUCCCCUUCCUCAUUCGGCAGAAGAUCAUUUCCAGCCUGGAUCCACCCUGUAGCCGGGGUGCCGACUGGCGGACUCUGGCCCAGAAACUCCACCUGGACAGCCAUCUCAGCUUCUUUGCCGCCAAGCCCAGCCCCACAGCCAUGAUCCUCAACCUGUGGGAGGCGCGGCACUUCCCCAACGGCAACCUCAGCCAGCUGGCUGCAGCAGUGGCUGGGCUGGGCCAGCCAGACGCUGGCCUCUUCACAGUGUCGGAGGCCGAGUGCUGAGGCCGGCCAGGCCCAACACCUCCACUCUCACCAGCUUUGGCACCCACCAAGGACAGGCAGAAGCCGGACAGGGGCCCUUCCCCACACCGGGGAGAGCUGCUCGGACAGGCCCCCUCCCGGCCGAAGCUGUCCCUUAAUGCUGGUCCUUCAGACCCUGCCCGAACUCCCACCUCUCCAUGGCCUGCCUAGCCAGGCUGGCACUGCCACCUGCUCACACUCGGUCCCAGGGCCCAGGAUGGACAGUGCCAGGCCCAGCCUAUCUGUGUGUAUGUAUGUGCGUGUGAUGCUACCUCUCCUCCCGUCCCUGUCCAGGGGCCCCGCAUACACACGGCCAUGCACGCACACGCUGGGCCUGGGCCAGGGCCCCGGAGCUCCUGCCUGAGCUGGACCUUAUGCAAACAUUUCUGUGCCUGCUGGGUAGGGGCACGUCUGAGGGGCCCUGCUCCAAGCCUGCAGGACCGAGGGCCACAGCCGGACAGGGGGUAGCCCCUGGAUUCAGGCACACGACCACCACACGAGCACGUGCCACGCAUGCCUCGUGUGCUCAUCUCACACACACCCCCCUCCCGGGUCAUGCAGACACCCCCCCACCACACACAUCUCUUGCUGUACACCUGAGGCUGCUCACGUCUCACGCCCAGUGUCAGUGCACAUUUGCCUCUCACAUGCUGCCCUCUCCACCCACCCAGGGACACCCCACGGCUCCUCCCUGCCCCUGCCCCUCCCCCAGCCUCGAGGUGCCCUGCCCGGCGGGGCCUGUGAAUAUGCAAUGGGAGUCCCGGGCUGUACAGUGGCGAGUGUGUGUGGCGUGGCGUGCCCGUCCCCAGGGCUGGCUGGUGCCCCACGCGGGGCCUGUCAUGUGAAGCUCGUGUCCUGACUUUGUCUUAAGUGCAUUUCAUGCACUUACACUUGGCCUUAUGUACACAGCCUUGCCCAGCCGCCGGGGCGCAUAGGGAUUUUAUUGGACGUGAAUGUAAAUAAAUUAUAUAUAUAUAUUGCUAA